GUAGGAAUGAAAUGAUCCAAAAGUGAUAUCCGGUAACAAACUUCGCGCUUUGAGUUUGAGUUCGAGGGGGGAUUUGAAGAUGGAAAACUUCAUCCUGUAUGAGGAAAUUGGAACAGGACGCAAGUCAGUGGUUUAUAAGGGGAGGAGGAAAGGAAGCAUCAAUUUUGUUGCAAUUAUUUGCAGUGACAAGUCAAAAAGACAUGAAAUUACAAACCACGUACGGCUAACUCAUGACAUAAAACAUGAGAAUGUGGUAACCUUCUAUGAGUGGUAUGAAACCAGCAACCAUCUUUGGCUUGUAGUGGAACUGUGCACAGGGGGUUCACUGGAGUCAGUCAUCACCCAGGAUGAGUGCCUGUCAGAAGAUGUAGUGAGGGAAUUUGCCAUCGAUCUGGUCAAAGGCUUGAGAUACAUCCAUGAUGCUGGUAUCGUGUUCUCUGACCUCACUCCCUCCAAGAUCUUGUUGGAUGGCCCUGGCACAUUGAAGUACUCUAACUUCUGCCUGUCUAAAGCUGAGGGGGAGAAUCUGGAGGAGUUUUUUGCUUUAGUCACAGCAGAGGAAACAGGUGGAGGGGAUGGCAAAGAAAACACAUCAAGAAGAAAUAUCAAGAACAGAAUCCAAGGGUCUCCAAUAUACUGUGCACCAGAGGUGGUCAAAGGGGGGGACCACAGUAUCAGUAGUGAUCUGUGGGCCCUGGGCUGUAUAUUCUAUGAGAUGUUUUCAGGAAAACCACCAUUCUUCUCCGAGACGUUUUCUGAGUUGAUUGAGCUGAUAUUACUUCAGGAUCCUCAAUCUCCAAGGCAAACGGGGGCUUCUUCCUGCAAGCCUACACAAGAGUUCCAAAGCCUGCUUAAAGGUUUGCUUCAGAAAGACCCUCAGAAGAGGAUAAGCUGGACUCAGUUACUGGUCCACCCAUUCUGGAGAGGAGUGUUCUCUGAGGUCCACACCAGCGAGGAGGAAGAAGAAGAUGUCUCAUUCAGCUCCAGUGUGGGGAGGAGUGGUGUCUGUGCCUCUAGCCAGUCAUCAGCAGAGACACCUGUCUCAGUGACCUCCCAGGGACCAGGAGGGGGAUACAGAGGGGUACAGGGAGGGGCCGCAGGGGCAGAGGAGCCCGUCUGCAUGCACCCCAACAAAUCAUUCCGAUUAGACAACAUGACAGAGCUUAGACCAAAGAGUGCACUGGACAAAGAUACCAGAGAGUCCAUAUUCCUCCUCAGCUCUCAUCCAACUCCAAGAAUGAGUUGCACUGCAAGAGAUCCACCCAACAGGACACCAUUACCUCAAGACAGUGUGGUGGUCAGUGGUCUGAAUGAUAUCAGUUACUGUAUAAAGGACCUGGUGUACACUGACUCUGACCUGGCAGUCACACCUAUUAUGGACAACCCAAAGAUUCUGAAGACCGCUCCAGUGCGAUAUGACCUGAAGACUUUGUGUGUCCGAGCAUACUCAGUGGAGAAGCUGUCCUGUCUGAGCUCUGAGGACUGGAGGGUGUUUCUGCAGCAGCUGUGCUCUUCUCUGGAGGCCCAGGCUGAUAAGACCACGGCGGCGGUCCGCUCCAAACUCAACCUCCUCUGCUAUCUGUGUACCAUAGCUGCCCACAAGGACACAGCUACCAGGCUCAUCAACUCCGAGCUGUUCCCUGUGUUGACCCAGCAGCUGCGUCUAGCACCUAACUGGGACGUGAAGUUUAAGGUGAUGCGGGUGCUGGGGCUGCUGGCAUCCCACUGCACUGAGCUCAGAGAGGAGACCCCCGUCACUGAGGCUGUUGUCAUGUUCACGGAGCUGAUCAGGGAGAACUUCAGGAACAGCAAACUGAAGCAGUGCCUGCUGCCGCCACUGGGGGAGCUGCUCUACCUCAUCGCCACACAGGAGGAGAAGAAAGAGCACCCAGGAGAGCUGUGGGUUGUUCCUGCUGCCGCCUACACGGUGUUAAUGAGGUGCCUUCGGGAAGGGGAGGAGGUGGUUGUGAACCACAUGGUGUGUAAGAUGGUGGAGAACGUGUGUACCCCGGCGUCUCACUACGCCCAGGGCUUCAUCACCGGGGAGAUAGGCCCCAUGCUCUGGUACCUGUUCACACACUCCAGCGUCGACUCACUACGCGUCAGCGCCAUCUCAGCCCUGUGCAGAAUCACCCGCCUCUCAGCCAGUGCCUUCCAGAGUGUGAUUGACAAGGUGGGGCUACCAGCCAUCUUAGCCAGCCUGGUGUCGGGGAUCAGCCGUGUCCAGCAGCACAUACUCACCAUGUUCUCUGCCAUGCUGGCGUCAGGGGCCCACGCCCAGCUACACAGACUAGUCCAGGAGCGGGACUUUGUGGUGAAGAUAAUGCGUUCCCUGGAGAGCCCGUCCUCUGUCAUCAGAGCCAAGGCCUUCCUGGUUCUCCUUCAGGUCCUCUGCAGCAACAGGGACAUGCUGCUACUCUGCUGCAACUCUAGGCUGGUGAUGUACAUUGAAAGAGACAUCAGGCAGGCCACGCCAGGGAAGGAGCUACAAAGCAGCAAUGAAUACCUGUCAAAAUGCCUCGAUCUGCUCAUCCGUCACGUCGUGCUGCAGCUGCCAGCCAUUCUGGAUGACAUGCUGUCCGCGCUGGGCAGUAUAGUGGGCAGGAAGCAUCCCUCCACUGUUCAGGCCAAGCAGCUGAAACAGAGUGUACCCAUGAUGACUGUGAUGCUCCACCUCCUCACCUCUCAGAUAUUCAGGCCACAGGUUGUGACUGAGGAGUUUCUCUUCAAAUUUGGAGCACUGCUGAAUCACAUAACAUCUAUUGAUGCCAGUGAGACCAGUUUGGGCAGUGCAAUAGGACAAGCAGGUUCAGAGGAGCUGAUCAGGAACACUCUGUCAGCUGUGGAGGCCAUCACCCAGCACCCAGCCCUGCUGAUGCCCUAUCACUGUACUGUUGUUGAUUGCAUUCUUCCUCCACUGACUUCUCUUGCCUUCAGUAAAAACGUGGAGUGGCGUAUCGUCAGCUUGCGGGUUCUGUCAGAGAUCACACUGCUGCUGCUGAGCCAAGAGGCCGUGGAGGAGGGAGAGAGGAAGGAGGAGAGGAGAGAGAGAGAGUGCAACUCUUCAACUGGUAGACUACUGACUCUCAUUACAGAAGCCCUUCUUCCACAGUAUGAAUCUCUCCUGUUGGAGCCAGACCCAAUCCCAGUCUACGCUCUCAAGUUGCUGGUGGCCCUCACAGAACACAGCAGCCCCGUCAACAGCCUGGUCAGAGACAGCAGGAUCCUACCUGUUGUCUUUCAAGUCAUGGCGGAGCACCAGGACAAUAUCCUGGGUGGAACCAUGCAGAAGGCCAUGGCUCUCCUCAGCAACCUGACUGGACAGAAAGACGUGGACCUACAACCCUUCUACCAACAAGGUCUGGUGGAGGUGGUCUGCAGGGUCUUCAGCAAGGCAGCCAUCCUGUACGUGGAGAGAGAGGAGAGGCCUGGGAGGAAGAGUAGCCAUGAUCUCCUGUUGUCUCUACUGGACACUCUACACAAUGUACUUACCAGCACAUCCAGAGUGGUGCGCAUUGCACUCCAGGGAGCUGAGUCCCAGGGAGAGACCCAGGCUGCAGAGGAACUCCUGCUCAUCAACAAACCUCUGACACAACUCACAUCCCUGCUCAUUCAGAUGCUGCCAUGUGAGGAUGUGGAGGUGUAUGAGGAGACCAGUCAGUGCCUGUCCCUGCUGAUGCAGCUGUAUGGAGGGGACAGCCCUGACUACCUCAGCCCCCUGAACCUCCAGAGCCUCAGCCACGCGCUGCAGCUCCAGACCCAGCCUAAACAACACAGACUACUGCUCCGCAUCAUCAAACGCCUGCCUGUUGCCUUCCACAGCAGGAAUCCCUAG